CAGCCAUACUAUUUAUAUCUCAUCAUCGUCUUCCUCCCCACAUCUUUAAUUAGCUUUCUCUCUCAUUUGAAGUCAUUUCCCCAUUCUUCAUCCCUCUCUCUUUCUCCCUCCACCAAAAAAUGGAGCCCCACCCGAAAAACCUCAACAUAGAAAACAUACGGGCAAUCAAAGUCCUCGGAAAAGGCGCAAUGGGUACCGUAUUCUUAGCCCACGAUUCCGACUCCGACCCGGAUGCAACCACCCCUUUCGCCCUCAAAGUAGUCGAGAAAUCGCUACUUUACCACAAACACAACGACGCCCAACGCCGUGCACGGUGGGAAAUGUCGGUGUUAGCCACCAUGAAAAACCACCCAUUCCUCCCUACGUUACUGGGCUCAUUCGAGACCCAUGAGUUGAUGGGCUGGGCUGUCCCGUUUUGCUGCGGCGGUGAUCUGAAUGUUCUCCGGUACACCCAAAACGACCGCGUUUUUAGCUCCGCCGCGAUUAAAUUCUACCUGGCUCAGAUCGUGUGUGCUCUUGCGCAUCUUCAUAGUAUGGGGAUUGCGUAUCGGGAUUUGAAGCCGGAGAAUGUUCUGGUGCAAAGCUCCGGUCACGUGACACUCACGGACUUUGAUCUUUCGAGGAAGUUGUCGUCGUUUCGGAAGAAGAAGCCGGUAAGUUUGGGUUCUUCCGAAAUGGAUAUGGCUUUUUUUAAGGAGUGUAAGCCUCCGCCACCGCCGCCACCACCGCGACGGAACAACUUAACCCGAAUUCUAACAUACGGAGCUAAUAUCGAUACCGGUCUAAGAAAGCCGAAAUCCGCCCGUGUUUCACCCAGGAGAGCGAGUUUCGCCGCCGGAAAACGCUCAAAUUCCUUCGUCGGCACGGAGGAGUACGUUUCGCCGGAGGUGGUGAGAGGUGAAGGUCACGAGUUCGGCGUUGACUGGUGGGCCCUUGGUAUUCUCGCAUACGAGAUGUUAUACGGUAGAACACCGUUUCGUGGCAAAAACAGAAAAGAAACGUUUCGAAACGUGUUAAUGAUAAAACCGGAGUUCAUCGGAAAACGGACGUCACUUACAGAUUUGAUCGAACGGUUGUUAGAGAAAGACCCGAAUAAACGGUUGGGUCAUUUUAGAGGGGCGGAGGAGAUUAAAGAACAUGAGUUUUUUAAAGGGUUGAGGUGGGACCUACUAACGGAAGUUGAACGGCCGCCGAUUGUUCCGGCGACGGUUGACGUCGACUUAACGAAUGUCGUAACGUUUGACGUACGUGAAUAUUUUCCCAAGUCGAGGUUGCCGCCGUCAUUGCCGCCGUCGCCGGGGCGGACUUUGUCCUCCUUGUCGGAGGAAAGGGUUUCACUAACGGAAUUCUGAAUUUCUGAUGCAAAAUGUCAGAGUUAGUUAUUAUUCUCCUUUUUUUUCUUUUACUUUUAAUUUGGGCAAAGUUUUUAGUGUAUAUAGAAGUACUCCGUAAAAAUUAAUAAUUGUAGGGGUAGUUUAGGUAUUUUAGUUUUAUGCUAAUAGGUGUUGAUAAAAUAUUGAGGGGUGUAUAGUAAUUUUGUUAAUGGUCACGUGAGGUGCACAUAAGUUUGCUUCAUUCUAUUAUCUUUUUCUUUUCCUCGUGGAAUUUAUGAUUAUGAAUGAGGCAACAAAUAAAAUCUGGCUUUUCUUCCA